CAGCUCAUUUCAUAUUCAAGGUGCGGCAACACUCAACAGGUGUCUGACUCGGGGCAUCCACAUCGUCUCUUAACGGAUCUUUUUCUUAAAAUUUUUUAAAAAGACUGUUAAAACACACUGUAUUGAACGUCUGAGGACUACGAAAACCAAACUCACUUGGAGAAGAUUUAUAGCUCUUUGCUGAACUGCUUUCAGAUAUAGUUUAUCUUUUAAGUUAAUUGUGAGAAGAUGGCAAAUAAAGGACUGCAGCUCCUGGGAUUUACUCUAUCGCUUCUAGGUUUGAUUGGGCUCAUUGCUGGCACAAUCUUACCUCAGUGGAAGAUGUCUGCCUACGUUGGAGAUAAUAUAAUCACAGCUAUAGCGAUGUAUCAAGGCCUUUGGAUGUCGUGCGCUUUCCAGAGCACCGGACAAAUGCAGUGCAAGGUGUAUGACUCCAUCCUACAACUCGAUGGUGCUCUCCAGGCAACUCGUGCCCUGAUGAUUGUCUCGAUCCUUCUCACAGUCGCAGGACUGGGUGUGGCCAGCAUGGGCAUGAAGUGCACUAACUGUGGUGGUGAUGACAAGGCCAAAAAGUCAAAAAUUGCCAUGACAGGCGGUAUAAUCCUCAUUGUUGCAGCCAUUUGUAGCAUUGUUGCCUGCGGCUGGUUUACAAAUCAAAUCGUCCGGGACUUCUACAACCCCUUCACACCGGUCAACACAAAGUAUGAAUUCGGAGCUGCCAUUUUCAUCGCAUGGGCAGGUGCAUUCCUAGACAUAAUGGGUGGAGGCAUGUUGGCUGCCUCCUGCCCAAAGGGUGGUAAAUCAUCCUCCAGGUACCCCAAGUCCUCCAGACCCCCUAGCAGCAGCAAGGAGUACGUUUGAGCCACGGCAGUCGCUCACAUGCUGGAGAAGAGCAUGUUUUAAAUCACAGAGCAUCUGUCGAAGUUUCCCUAGUCAGCUGAUCUCAGAUCUGUUUAGAUUUUAAUUCCUUGUAUUGUGUUUGAUUUAGAAUAGAACAAACAGCUAUGAUCAGUGUCCUUGGGGAAAAUUUUACUCGUGCUCCGAUACAGCAGCCCACCUCAGAAAUAGAGGUCACUUCUGUUUUCUUUCUUUCAAGCGCCAAGUCUGUUUUUCCUAUUGUAAAUCCUGUUACUGAUAUGGGUUUGGAAAAAGGGGGUUCUUCCCCAGUGUGUUCCUCAUUUCAUAAGACUGCCAUGAUUAGUGAACAUGAAAGAGAGAGGCAUGCUCAGGGAAAAAAUCAUCACUCAUACUGCUCAUUAAUAAUGCAUCUCUACUAUAAAGCCAUGUUCUGACCUCAUCUGCUUUGCUUGCUUUAUGCAUCACUUUAAGAACUAUGCCAGACACUGAGGUGCAUGAGAGAAGAACAACUUAAAUGUAACCUUUUCUGUAUUUGUUUGUUUUAAGAGCCAACAUGCAAAUUUCUGGUUCACUUUGCUGCAUAAUUUCAGUCUGGUGACGUAUCAAAUUUUCUCUUUUCAUGCAAUACUUCACUUUAUACAAAUCAUCUGAGGGAAGUUUCGCUCAUUGCUAUUCAAAGACUAUUUCCGAAAGGAAGUAGUAACUUGCUUAUCUACUCUAAGUGAACGUAUUUAUGAAAAGGAGUGGAAUGUUGAACUAGACUGAAUUUGUUGGCAUGGUAAUAGAGCUAGACUGAAACUGUAGGUGAAAAAAACAAACAUUUGACUUGGUUUGGGUGAGGCUAAAGAUAAAGCACUACACUUCUAAUUUAGGUCAGUCUUUUUAAAUGAAAGAAACGGCUCUUAUUUAUACAAAGUGAAACUUUUUAUUUGUUUUUGUCCUCCAGCUCCUUGGUAUAAAACUAUUGUUACAAAAUCUUUUGACACUCCUUUCUUCUUUUUAUACGCACCAAGAGAACAGGCUGUAGAUAUUUGCUCGGUUUUAUCACAGCUGGUUACAAUCCAAGGGUCACAUGAAUUGUCCUUUUGUCUGUCCACAACAUGUGACACUCAAACUGGUCCUCUAAGUGUUUUUUUUUUUUUUUUUUACUUUGGUCUUUGUGCUUGGACCACUUGAGGUGGGUUGCCCUCAAGUCUAUUUAGGAUAGUCAUGUUAUAUUUGUAACCAGCUUAUGCAAAUAUUUAACUUUUUAAGUUGUUUUUGACUGUUCAGUUUGCAAUAUAAUAAAUUUUAUGUAAAUACAUUUUUUAAAACAAGA